AUUUUUAAUUCCACCUCACCCCAUUCCCCUCUCACAAAUUAUCAAUUUAACGACAUUUUCAGGGACAGCAAAAGCAUCACCGCCUCCGCCGGCGCCCGCAACCCUCCUCCUCCACCACCACCGCCUGCAAGUACCAGCACCGAGAGUGCGCCGCCUACUGCAUCCCAGCCCCUUACUUCCCCCACGACCGCCAACGGCAGUUCCUGAAAUAUCGUCAAGAUCGUACGCAACAGGAGAGUUCCAUCUUCAAAUUUAAUUUUCUUCAAAUUCCAAAUUUGAGCUUGAAGGUUACUGAAGAUCGGGAAUUUCUGAGCGCCCCAUGUGGAAAUCUCAAUGACUACUGAUGACAAUCAAUCCCCAGAGGCUGAAGUCAAAGAAAGAUGUUGGGAUCAAAGAGAAGCUUUGGCUGGAGAGCCUGUGUGUGUUGUAUGCGGCCGCUAUGGUGAAUACAUUUGUGAUGAGACUGAUGAUGAUAUUUGCAGUCUCGAGUGUAAGCAGUCUCUUCUCAGCCAGUCAGCAAAAUCAAAGGCUUCACGUGCUCAACCAGCAUCUACAAAACUUCCAGCAACAGAUGAAUGCUUCUAUGUUCGGGAUGGAAUACAUCUAAGCAACAGUCAGACUGAGCUGCUCAGGAGAAAGCUCGAAAUAUCCGUACAGGGAGAUAAUACGCCAGACCUUGUUCUGUCAUUUGCUUCUUGUAAUCUUCCUCAGAAGCUCCUUCGAAAUCUAGAAACAGCAGGAUAUGAAAUGCUAACUCCUGUCCAAAUGCAGGCAAUCCCGUCUGCACUAUUAGGUCAGAGCUUGCUCGUAUCAGCUGAGACCGGCUCUGGGAAAACUUGUUCCUUCCUCGUUCCAGUUAUCUCUUACUGUGCAAAGGUAAAUAACAACCCACAAAUUCCACUAGCGAUGGUCCUAACACCUACUAGAGAGCUCUGUAUACAGGUGGAGGAACAAGCUAAGUUACUCGGUCAAGGUUUACCUUUUAAAACUGCCCUGGUCGUCGGUGGUGACACCAUGGCGGGACAAGUACAUCGAAUCAAGCAGGGAGUGUCUAUGAUUGUGGGGACACCAGGAAGGCUUAUUGAUCUUCUCACCAAGCAUAAUUUUGAAUUGGAUUCUGUAUCAAUUUUAGUGAUCGAUGAAGUGGAUUGCAUGAUCGAGAGGGGAUUCCGUGAGCAAGUCAUGCAGAUUUUCUUGGCUUUGUCCCGGCCCCAAGUAUUGAUGUACUCCGCAACAAUCUCAAAAGAAGUCGAGAAGGAGGCUGGUUCGAUGGUGAAAGAUCUCACUGUUAUAUCAGUUGGCAAGCCCAGCAAACCUAGCAAGGCCAUCAAACAGCUAGCGAUAUGGGUAGAAUCAAACAAGAAAAAGCAAAAGCUUUUCGACAUACUCACAAGCAAGCAGCAUUUCAAGCCCCCGGUUAUCGUGUUUGUGGGUUCUAGGCUCGGGGCGGAUCUCCUCUCUGAAGCUAUAACAAUAAAAACUGGGGUGAAAGCUGUAUCAAUACAUGGAGAGAAAAGCAUGAAGGAGAGAAGAGAUGUAUUGAGGUCAUUUUUGGUUGGAGAGCUCAGUGUGAUCGUAGCCACGGGAGUGUUGGGACGGGGGAUCGACCUGCUGUCCGUGAGGCAGGUCAUCGUGUUUGACAUGCCGAAUUCCAUGAAAGAAUACGUGCACCAGAUUGGGAGGGCGUCGAGGAUGGGAGAGGAUGGCGCAGCUAUAGUGUUUGUGAAUGAGGAGGACAAGAAACUGUUUCCGGAGUUGGUUGAACUCUUGAAAUCCAACGGUGCUUCGAUUCCUCGCGAGCUCGCUAUUGCGAAUUCACGAUGCUCUUUCUCAGCCAGCAAGCCUCAAAAGAAAAGAAAGCAUGCUAACUCAAGGUAGUCUUUUCCUUCUGUAAUAUUUUGAUAGGUUUAUGCUUGAGGGUUAUGUAUAUCAUGUUGAUAGGAGAUUGGACAAAUAUUAUGUUUUAUUGCAUUCAUCUGCAUCUUUUUGGUUUACUGAUGUUCAAUAGAAUACGAUAUUUUGUUUCAAA